GGUCCUCCCUGCUUCUCCCAAACCCUGCCGACGUGGCGGGGCGGGGAAAGGCCAGGGGGCGCUCGGGGGACCAGCUCAGCCGGCUCGAGCGAAAUAAAAUGUCUGAAGACACAAGUAACACUAUAGUACCUGAAGAAAAAGCUGAAAUAACCAGUAUGCCUGAUACGGAUUCUUUACUUGGUGAUCCUGAAAUACACCAUGAAACACCCCAAAUUUUGAAUGAAUCACCACCAAUUGGAGUAAAAGAAGAGGAAGACAAAAACAUAAAAGUAGAGGAUGAAGAUAUGGCUCACAUCCAGCAUCCUAACAAUCCUCUAACAGAAGACACAGUUGCAAAGGAGCCUCCUUCUAAUGGGGGAGUAACAGAAGAUGUGCUUGUUGAGUGCAUUGAUUCUGUGAGCCUUGACCCAGACCCUGCAUCUGAAGUGUUAUUGAAUGAGCAAAAUAACCAGGAUGGAGAUUCUUCUUCUCAAAGUAGAAUGUGGACAGGAUGGGGAUCCUGGGGGAAAUCCCUGUUGUCAUCUGCAUCUGCUACAGUUGGUCAAGGAUUAACAGCAGUUAAAGAAAAAGCAGGGGCCACCCUCAGGAUUCAUAAUGCAAAUUCUAAAUCAUCUGAAGGUGAACAGGUGGAUACAGAUAACAAAACAUUCCAAGUACCAGAAGCUGGCACAGAUCAGAGCCCUGGAGAAGAUCCACCCUCUUCCCCAUCAGGAUCCCGAGGGAUGCUGUCAACUAUCACCACCGUUGUUCAUAACACAGGUAAAAGUGUCUUAAGUGGUGGCCUGGAUGCUUUGGAAUUCAUCGGCAAGAAAACCAUGAAUGUCCUUGCAGAAAAUGAUCCUGGGUUUAAGAGGACCAAAAUAUUGAUGGAGCGAACAGUUUCUUUGUCUCAGAUGUUAAGGGAAGCAAAAGAAAAAGAGAAGCAGAGAUUGGCUCAGCAGCUCACAGUGGAAAGAACGGCACACUAUGGGAUGCUUUUUGAUGAGUAUCAAGGCUUGUCACACCUGGAAGCCCUAGAAAUUCUCUCUAAUGAAAGUGAAAUCAAGGUUCAGUCAUUUUUAGCAUCCUUUGAUGGAGAGAAACUGGACAUCUUAAAAAAGGACCUAAUUUCCAUUAAAGACAUCUUUAUACCAAAGGAAUCAGAGAGUGAAGAGAAUCAAGAAGAGAAGGAUGAAAAGGGAGAAUUUGUUAGCAUGCUAACAGAACUUCUCUUUGAGUUACAUGUUGCAGCGACUCCUGACAAGCUCAAUAAGGCUAGAAAAAAGGCUCAUGACUGGGUGGAAGAAGCUCAAACUGUGAUGUCAGCUGAUGUGAUAGAACAGCCAGUAGAGAAAGCUCCAGAUGAUGAAGAAGAGAAUCCUGAAGUCCCUGAAGAUGAAAAUAAAGAAGAAAAGAAAACCAAGACACUAGAGGAAGUGUACAUGUUAUCAAUUGAAAGUCUUGCUGAAGUAACUGCACGCUGUAUUGAACAACUGCAUAAAGUAGCAGAGCUAAUUCUUCAUGGCCAAGAAGUGGAAAAACCAGCCCAGGAUCAAGCAAAAGUUCUCAUAAAAUUAACCAGUGCAAUGUGUAAUGAAGUGACUUCCUUGUCUAAGAAGUUUUCUGAUUUUUUAACCACUACUGGGAGCAACCAGAAGGCUGAAGUACUUAACCCAAUGAUCAAUAGUGUUUUGUUAGAGGGCGCCAAUAGUACUACAUAUAUCCAGGAUGCUUUCCAGCUGUUGCUUCCUGUUCUGCAGAUUUCACAUAUCCAAACCAAUUGUUUGAAAGACGAGCAGUGACAGCUGCCAGAAUCCAUCACCAUGUGAAAGACAGCCACAGCCACAUCCUUUUAGGGUUUGUGGUUAAGGGGAUGCCUUAAAAGAAAACUGGCCCCAGAAGGCCCAUUGGAGGACACUACAGCAGUUUUGCACAGACAGUAUUGAAAAUAAUGUUUAAAGACAUUUCUCUUAAUGUAUAUGGUUGUUAGAGCAGCUUUUUUUUGCAAAAAGUAAUGUUUUCUUCACAUUAAUUUAAACUGAAAUAGCAAACAUAUUCAAAAUAGUGUUAGUUGAAUAUAUUUCCAUUCACAAAAAUAAUUCCUGUCCUCUAAUUGGUAAAUCAUGCUGUGUCAAGAGAUUCCAGGAUCCUGAAUUCUUCAAAUCCUGUGUCCAGAUGGUUUCAAAUUUCCUACUCUUCAAGCAUUAAUUUUUAAUAUUUUAAUUUAAACAAUAUACUAAAUGUGAUGUAGAAAAGCCCUAUUGUAUCUUUGACUAGGGACAAGGAAAACACCUACCUUACAAAUUUUUCAUCUUUUCUACUAAGACAGUAUGGUAUAGUAGAAAGCAUCCAUUGUAUGGAAAUAUUGAGGACCUGAAUUCAGGCUCUGCUAACAAUGUAAACUUGGAUGAGUCAUUUCAUUUCUAUGGGUUUCAGGUUUCUAAUUUGUAAAAUAAGGUGGUUAGACUAGAUUUGAGGUUCUUAGCCUCUUUUGUGUCAUUGACUCUGCUAGCAGUGUGGUGAAGCUUUUCUCAGAAUGUUUAUAAAAGCAUAAAAUAAAAUAUAUUAGAAACCAAUUAUAUCAAAAAGCAGUUAUUACAUUUUUAAAAAUUCAUAUAUUCCAGACUAAGAAUCCCUAGACCUGAAGUUUUCACCCAGUUCUAAAAUUCUAUAUGACUGUAUACACUCCACCUAAUUAUAUACUCCCAAGAUGUAAUCAAAUCAAAUCCGUAAUAAAGCAAAGAGCUUUUGAUUUGAGUUUUACUAUAAUUUACUGAACCUGAAAAGUAUCAGCAGUGUUCCUGCAAAAAAUUUAAAGAGUAAGGAAAAUAGAGACUGUCUUUAAUACUUUGGUUCUUGUUCACUUUAUAUACAUAUAUCUAUUUCUAAUCGACCAUGUAAUAUAUCAGUCUGGUGCUAUUAAAUGAUUUUUUUAAUGCAAGAAGAGUUUUUUGGCAAUCGGAAUUGAUUUGAUAAGUGCAUGACAACAUAGAUUUACCAGACUGUAAGCUCCUUGAAGGUCAGGACUGUGUCUUAUUCAGCCUUUUCUCCCCAGAACUUAACACAAUACCUCAAAAAACAAACAACAACAACAACAAAAAAAACAAUAGGUGCAUAACAAACAUGAAUCAACAUCAGUAACAAGGUCUUUAAAAUUCAAAUAUUUAUUUAUGGAUUCAUUUGUAUGUGGAGAUGAUGCUACAUGACUUGAAUGAUAAGUAAAAUCCUUAGGAAGCCUAUUGGAAAACCUUCACAAGUCAUCACUGUAAAUGGCUGCUCAUACCUAUGAACCUAUAGUCAAUAGUGGCUAUUUACUCUGUCUACUCUCUUCCCUCUUGGGCUCUACUGAAAAUCCAGGAAGGAUAAUUUGUCCAGUGAAUCCCUUCAGUACCAUGAAAGGCCAGUUGGUUUAUAAAUGUUCUCAGAGCUACAUAUGCCUUUGUCCACACAUAUAACUUUAUUUAUCUCUCUGGUAGGGUAUACCUACUCCCUACCCUCACAACCCCCCAUUGUUUACUCUCAUAUUCCACAGAAUUUUAUUUAUCUAGAGUCUGAUGGCCUUAAGAAGCUUUGCUACAGGGUCUGAAAAACAUGCUUUUCUAUAGGAAGGUUCUGUUGUAACAACUUGCAUGUUAUAGUGUUUGCACUAUAGAUCUGCAAAGUCUUUUGCAAAUAUUAUCCCAUUUUAGUAUCACAAAACCCCUUGAGAGAAAAUUAUUAUUCUAUAGAUGAGAAAACAGAAUGGGAAGUCAUUCCUGCAGAACAGUGUGAGGGUUAUGAAAUCUUUGUAUUUUUGCCUUUUUUGUAAGGCUGAAUAAAACCUUUGGUGUCAGCAAGAGAAGAAUAUAUGCAGAAUUGUGUUUGUUGUAUGUAAGAUUUCAGCAUGAAAGAACUUCACAGACAUUAAAUUAAUUAAGUGGGAAACUUAAAAAAAACUUGGAGCCAAGACCAAGAUUUCAGUAAUAAGAUUUUUAAGCCCAUGGUCAAGAGCUACUUUUCUUCGUAUGUCCUAACACAACCUAAGCACCUCCUAUCCAGAAAAUGAAAAAAAUUCCUUUAGGAAUUGAAAAAGUACUAGAUCAUUUUUAAAAACCUGUUUUUAUUUCAAGAUACUUUCUCUUUAAAUUUCUUUAGGCAAGCAAACAAAACCAUAAUUUCCAGCAACCCUUGCUUAUAAAGAGAUGAAUAACUUAAAAUGUAGUUGCUUCUCAAACUGUCCUUUUUUUAGCAAUCACACUCCCUUUGUGCCAUUUAUCAUUUACUUUGAUGCUUUGAAAGAUCCAUGACAUCCUUGGCCGAGGCAUUCCUCCCACUGAAGAAGGUCUGGACCUCUCCAUUCUUCCUUGUUUUUGGUGAUUCUCUUGUCAUCACUAUUUAAUACAAGAAUCAGGACACAGAAAGAGAGUUGUUCUCCUGGUCAAGAAAACCUAUAUUCGGGUCCCAUUUUUGGCACAUAUUGGCUAUGUGACUCUAAGCCAGACACUUAACAUCUCAGUGCUCUCUGCAGUUUCCUAAGACUAUAACUUUCCAAGAAAGUGCCUAUCUGCACUGCAAAUGGAACUUCCUUAUCUUGGAGUUUUCUGUCAAUGCAAUGCUGUAGCCACUUCCUAUCCUAUUCCUAUGUUUGUUUGUUUGUUUGCUUCUGAGCCUUUCAAUUCAGUGAAAGUCAGGAUCCAGAUUUGGGCAAUCUUGUUUUGACACUUUGGUAAUCAGUUACUGAACUGAUGGUCUAUCAAGAAUUUAUUCCUCUGGCACUUUUUAUUUCUUUGGUAAUCUAUUUUGGAUUUAAGUGUGUUUGGUUCACUUGCCUGAGCCAUCAAUACUAAACAAGGAUCCCCAUUUUUCCCUUGCAUCUAGUGCAAAAUUGCCACUUGUCUAAAUUAUGCAUGUGCUCUGUGCUUCACCCUUAUUAAAUGAAAAUCUUUAAAAGCAUAUUUCCAAUUCAAAGUACAAUGUAUUCGAGAAAAAUUCCUCUUGGGUAUUGGUGCAUACAUUUACAGGCUUAAUGAGUAGAGUUCAACACAGGGCAUUAAAACAGCAUACCUCAGUGGAAAUAUUCUCUCCUGCUGGCAAUUUGACUACCUUUUUUACUGGGUCUAGUUCACAAAGAUGUUUUGAACAGCAGAGUGUAAUGGAAAAUGCACUGGGCUUGGGGUCAGAUGACUUGGUUCUAAAUCCCAGUUUCACCACUUAUUUUUGUGACCUUGUACAAGUCACUGGGACCUUUAUAGACCUCAGUUCUGUCAUCUGUAAAAUAAGGGAAUUGAACUAUGUGGCUUCUAAGGUCAUUUCCAACUCUGAAAAGCCAGUUCCUGGCUUAAUUUUACAUGAAUAAUGUAUUUAGCUAAGUGGAGUAACAGGAACAGGAACUCUCUACCAGUAAGAACUACUUUGGCAGCAUUGUUUCAAGGGUAAAAGAAGGGGAAUGUGUGUUUGGAAAGUACUGGGGGUACAGGCUUAGUUAUCAGAGAUUUCCCUUUGACUAUUUUGAAGUCCAUUGCCCUCACCUUCCCUACCAAAUACUCAGAAUUUUAUAAACAAUGGUCACUUUCUCCAUAGCCUGGCCAUACUCAAACUGAACUGGAACCAAAAGAUAUAUUCUACUUGAGGUCAUCUCUGAUAGUCCUGGACAGAACACCCCAGAGCAACCACUAAACAAAAAAUUUGAGAUGGUUUUCCUCUUAUUUCCUGAAAAAUAUCCCCACAAGUUGCAGCUGGGUGGCUCAAUGGAUAGAGAGUCAGAUCCAGAGAUGGGAAUCCUGGGUUCAAAUUUGACCUCAUAUACUUCCCAGCUAUGUGACACUGGGCAAGCCACUUAACCCCCAUUGCCUAGCCCUGGAACCUUGGAACCAAUAUUUAGUAUUAUUAUAAGAUAGAAGGUAAGGGUUAAAAAAAUUCUCCACAAACAGUAAAUGUGCUGUGUAUUACAUAAAACCUAAAUGGAUCUUUCUUCUCCUGGUCAAGCCAGUGUUUCAUAAUGGAAAAUAUGAUCCUUUUGUGUUACUCUUAGACAGACCCAGCAUUUUAUUAGGUCUCAAAAUGCUUUCUCUAAGUAUUCCUUACUAAUCCUGGAAAUGGACUUCGAAAAAUUUUAACAAAACAGUUAUCUGCAUUUAAAAAUGAUACUUCAUCACGUCUCAUUGAAGCAAUUCAAGUACAAAAUGCCACAGGAGUUGAUUUGGAAAAAAGUUCUACCAGACAUGAAUCAUCUCUCUCAAUUAUACUUAAGAUUAUUUCACCCAAACGUUGGGGGCAAAGGGAGCACACAGUUAAUGAUUUAUUUGGGUUUUUUCCCAGAAGUGUUAUGCUAUGACCAGAUCUGUACCCCCUGUUAGAAUGUAAGUUCCUUGGGAAUAAGAAUUGUUUUGUUCUUUCCACUUAUAUCCCUAGUAUCUGAGUAUAUACCAGGCACGUGAUAAAUGCUUGUUGACUUGAUUUGACUUGUCGGCUGGUUGACUGGCUUUUCUAACCAUUUUUCUGUAAUUUAUUUUGCACCAUAUCUAUUGAACAAAGCCAAAUAAAGGAAGUUACUUUCAAAUUUUUUUUUACUUCCUCAAAUAACCUGUUCAUUUUAUAUUACUCUUCUACAUAAUUAUGAAGGUCUUUUUUCGAUUGCAAUAAAUGACUACAACCU